GCUUCCCCGCGUCUGCGCGGUACCCCGCCCCCGCAGCGCAGGCACUCGCGCCUGUGCCUGCCCGCUUGUUGAGCCGCAGGUGCAGAGACUGGCUCCGUCUGCAAUGGUCUGCCGAGGCAGGCUGUCAGUGACGGCGCUCUUACCCCAUGGGGCUCGGGCCUCCGAGCCGCGCGCCGCAUAAGAAGCGCGCCCUCGCGCAACCCUCCUGCUCCCCGCACCUCUCCCACCCCACUCCCUCCUCAACAUCACCAUGGCCACCAAGCAAGAGCUCGGCGUCCUCGCCGGCGCCCGCGAGUCGGUGCUCGGCCUCUUCCGCUGGCGCACGCGCGUCGUCGUCAUCGACGAGCUCGGCAACGAGAGCGUCGAGUGGCAGGCGCCCGAGUGGCCCGCCAACCCGUUCAAGCUGCUCGGCAUGCUCACCGCCAACAACUGGCUGUACUACAGCGUCGGCUUCCUCGGCUGGACCUUCGACGCCUACGACUUCCACGCCCUCUCCAUCCAGACGACCAAGCUCGCCCUCUACUUCAACGUCUCCAAGAGCGACGUCACCACCGCGAUCACCCUCACGCUUCUUCUCCGCUCGGUCGGCGCCAUCAUCUUCGGCAUUGCUGGCGAUUACUGGGGACGCAAGUGGCCGUUUGUGGUCAACAUGAUCUGCCUCGGCCUCUUGCAAGUGGGGUCAAUUUAUGCACCGACCUUCAACACGUUCCUGGCCGUGCGCGCGCUCUUCGGCAUCUUCAUGGGCGGUGUUUUCGGCGGAGCCAGUUCCAUGGCGCUUGAAAAUGUGCCAGUCGAGGCCCGUGGCCUGCUCUCCGGUGUCUUCCAGCAGGGCUACUCGUUCGGCUACGUGAUCGCGGCCUGCGCCAACCUCGGCGUCGGCGGCGCCACCAGCUCGUGGCCGACGAUGUUCUGGAUCGGCGCCGGCGGCUCGUUCGCCGUCGGCAUUGCCCGCAUCUUCUUCCCCGAGUCACGGCAGUUCAUCGAGGCCAAGAAGAACGGCGGCAAGGGCGGACACACCGGCGCGUUCAUGAAGGAGGCCGGCGUGGUCGUCAAGCAGGAGUGGCGCCGCAUCAUCUACGCCGUCAUCCUCAUGGCUCUCUUCAACUUCUUCUCCCACACGACGCAAGACUCGUACACGACGUUCAUGAAGGUCGGCAAGGCGCUCGACAACGCCGCCGCCUCGCGCGCCUCGAUCCUCAUGAAGACCGGCGCAUGCGUCGGCGGCACGAUCAUCGGCUACCUGUCGCAGUCGAUCGGCCGCCGCCGUGCCAUCUUCAUCGCCGCACUCAUGACGGCCGUCUUGAUUCCCGCCUGGAUCUUGCCGAACACCGAGUCCGGCCUCGAGGCUGGCGGCUUCAUGCUGCAGUUCUUCGUGCAGGGCGCGUGGGGUGUCAUUCCCGUCCACCUCCAGGAGCUCAGCCCGCCGGCCUUCCGUGCCUCGUUCCCCGGCAUCACGUACCAGCUCGGCAACGCCAUCAGCUCGCCGAGCGCCCAGAUCGUCAACGAGCUUGCCGAGAAGGUCUUCACGGUCAUGGGCCCCAAGGGACGCCGCGUCGAGGCCUACGGCCCCGUCAUGGGUGUCGCGACGGCCAUCAUUGCCGUGUUCAUCGCUGUCUGGAUCGCCGUCGGCCCGGAGAAGAAGGGCAGCCGCUUCGAGCAGGCCUCUGCCGCCGGUGCGGGCCCCGACCUGGGCCACCCCGAGCCGCUGCACAAGGAGCCGGACCACCUCGUCAAGACCGACUCGCUCGAGAAGGACGCGCACUCCGACGCGCCGGCGACGCUCACGCGCGACGCCUCGCGCCACUAGAUAUCUCUCUUCCCUUCCUGGCCUUCUGCUGUUACUUCUGUGACCCUCACGCUGUCGAAUGUCAUCUUGCUCUGCCAC